CACAGCUAGUUGUACAGACCAGCCAACAGAGGGCAGCCAGUCACCAAACUGACUUUCUACAACCAAAGUCCAGUGUUGAUGUUUGGGACAGAAUAGAGCUGAACCGAACAUGUAGCUAACAUGUAGCUACAUUCAGAGGAUAACUAAAGCUUCAAUGCAUAGAAGAAACGACCUAUUUUAGUAAGACCGAGAGGUGUAGAGCUGUCUAAUAACGUGGACUCGGUUUUUCCACCAGGGCAUUAGCAAGAGAAAAAGGAGCCAGUUGAUAAUGGAGGGUGAGAAGGAAGGAGAUGACUCUGAAACCACAUGGAAAGAAGAACUCCGGCUGGUCCUCAUCGGAAAGACCGGAUCUGGCAAGAGUGCGUCUGGAAACACCAUCCUGGGCCGGAGGCAGUUCCUGUCACAGAUCAGUGCUAGCUCUGUCACCCAGAUUUGCCAGCUUGGGUGCACUGAGCUUGCUGAGGAAGAGGAUACUGAGGAGGAUGGCCUGACUGUCACACAGAGGAGGAUGAGGAGAGUCACGGUGGUUGACAUGCCCGGUUUUGGGGACACUCACCUGAGUGUGGAGCAGAUCCAUGCAGAGGUAGCCAAAUGUGUGUCUCUCUCUGCCCCUGGGCCACACGCUUUCCUCCUGGUGGUUCCAAUAGGAAGAUAUACAGACAAUGAGAACCAGGCUGCCUGCGAGUUGACCAAAAUAUUUGGGGAGGAUGCAGUCCGUCAGCACACAUUGGUUCUUUUUACCAGGGGGGAUGACUUGGAGGGCAUGGGGAUUGAAGAUUAUCUGAGGGAGACUGCACCUGCUGGGCUUAAAGCUCUGAUUGAAAGGUGUGGGGGCAGGUACCAUGUACUCAACAACAAAGACCCCAGUAACUCAGCACAGGUUAAAGCACUGUUAAUGAAGGUGGGCAAGAUGGUGAAGCAGACUUACGGAGGGUUUUAUACUAAUGCCAUGUUUUUAGAAGCAGAGGCUGCCAUCAGGGAGGAGCAGGAAAGGAUGUUGAGGGAGCGAGGCCAAGCAGAGGGGGAAGAACAACGGGGAAACAAUGGCAGUGUGGAAGAACAGGCUAGACUCGCAAAACGAAGAAAGUGUGACUUGGAGUUUAACAGAGCAGAGAGCUUGGAUAUGGGAUCGCAGGGGGUCAGGAGGAGGGGGCUGGAGAGAGGAAAUGAAGAGGAAUUUAGGGUGGAGAGGUGGACAGAGGAGAGCAGAGGCAACCCCUUCAGCUUCCUGAGGGACAGAGUUGAACAAUGGAGGGAUCCGUUCAGAGGCAGGCCCAGAGACCGCUACAGGGCCGUGAGCAGGCGGCAGUCUCUCCGUUCAUCCAUGAGGAGGGAGGCUGCGCUCUCUGCUAAGGUGCUGGGGAGAGUUAAGAUCCUGGUGGCUGCUGGAGCCACAGGCAUGGCAGUAGGGGCAAUGUUUGGGGCAGCUGCCCCUUUAGCAGCUGCAGCCGGGGCAUCUUUUAUGGGGAACUCGGUUGGUUUUGCUGCAGGUCAGCUAGCUGGGAUGUCUGUAGCGGGAGGCACAGGUGUUGGGAAAGCUGUGGGAGCCAUAGUGGCGGCAGCCUCAGGGAAAACUGCAGUGGCUCUGGGGGCAGCAACCGGUGGAGUUUUGGGUGGUUCUGUUGGAGCCGUUGCUGGUGCUGAAGCUGCCAGUCCUAGGGAGGGCGCUCUGGAUGCCCUGGGGCAGGUUAGUCUCAUAGGGGCCUCUGCUGUGGGGCUGGCAGCAGGUGUGGGAGGCACCAUGGGAGCUGGUGCUGCUUUAGGUGCAGCUCUGGAGGGAGCAGCUUUCAGCACAGUAGCCCUCUGUGGAGCUGAAACUGCAUCAGUAGGGGCAGCAGGUGUAGCCAAUGCUUCUGUAGCUCAGAGUUUAGCCUCAGCAGCAGGGCAUCAUGCAGUGGCCUCUGUAGGAAGUGUAGCUGCAGGUACUGGGACUCCUCAGUGUGCUGCAACCGGAGUAGCUUUAGCUCAGGAGAUGGCUGUGAAUGUCCCAGUGGCUGCUGGGUAUGGCAGUGUAUGUGGGUUAACAGGGCCCAGUGUGGCAUCAGUGGCCAGCAGGGUUGUGUCAGACCCCUGGGGCACUGUGGCGGUAUCGACACGCAUAAUGACUGCAGUGGCUGAGAUAGGCAAGGCUGCAGCAGGCAUCGCCCUGGCUGGUGGUCUGGUAGUGAAGGUAGUAAAGGAAAAAGUCAGAUGUGGCACAGGAACAACUGAAGCCAGUUACACAGAGAAGAAGUCAUAUGAAGUAUACUGGAACAAAUAAAUACAGGCUAUGAAUAGAGCCAUAAUCCAGUGAAUGAGAUCAUAUUUUUUUUCCUGGCCUUCUGCUGAAGUACUAGACACUACAGUAGCUUCCCUCCGUAAGAGAUAUUGCUAUGCCGUGGAAAUACAAACCACCGCAGAGAUGCAAUCUACAAAUUAUAAUAGAGAGAAGAGAGCAGAAAUUGUAAUUGCAAAUUUUGGUUGGAACUGUUUGAGGCUGGUGAAUGAUUUGCAAUGCUGUGUGAUGACUAAUAGAGAUAAACACAUUUUUAUCUAAUUCAUUUGUAUAAGGUUGUGAUUAAUCUCGCCUUAAUGUCUUCAUACAUACAUUUUUUUUAAAGGGGCUGUACUUGAUAUUUAGAACAUUAAUAUAGCAGUAAACAAAUAUUUGCCUAUGUAAAGAGGCAAAGGUUUUGAUAGCCAGUCAGGCCGUGCUUGCGUGUUAGUGCACGUAGCUGUGGAAAAAAGGCGGUAUUUUACAUAUUGGGGAGUGGUCUGUGAGAGCCAUGUGGAGUAGAGUGCGGAUCGGGACGCGCUUUUCUAUCCGAGCCCGGCCCACGUCCGACAGAGCAGUAACCGAACCCGGCCCGAGCCCGACAGGCAUUAAGAUAUUUAUGUCAGAGCCCGACCCGAGCCCGACAC